UAGGGGAUAUGCUUGGAUAUUGCAGGAGGGUCUUCCUUAUGUCAGAUUUUUUCAUUGUUUGGCGCAGACGGGAGAAAUUUUUAAAUUUUUUCAAUAAUAAUUAUCGACAUCGGAGUGUAUUUUUGCUGGAAGAGGCCAAAAAGCGGCAGACGGAAACGGAAGGGCAAAAAAAGACGUAACCAAUUCCCUGCGAGAAUACAGAGUCGAGGGCGGUAGGAAAAAUUUUGGGCAGAAGUUCCGACCAACUUAUGUUGGAUUUUCUCAGAUUCCCUUACGAGUGAUUACCGAAGCGACUAUAAACCCUUAGGUAACUUGUCACCUUGUAAAAUUCUUAAUCUUCAUCUAAAAUUCAUCUAAAUUAAGCUUCAAAUGAAAAUUGGAUACAUUUACAAACAGACCAUUUAUUUUCAUCAAUAUACUCCCAUCCUUCAAGUAGCUAUUCACCUCAAAUUCCCCAAAUUGAUCCAAGAUUCAUCUUUCCACACAUGUUAAUACCUCAAACAAGCAUAAAAGAUUGCGAAAAUGAUUUAAAAAAUGAAAAUUUGACAGAAGAACAAAUUCAGAAAAAUGAGGAAAAUGAAAGAAAGAAAUUUUCAGAAUUGGUUAAGGAACAUUUUAUUAAAUUUGGUUGGCCGGAAGAGGAAAAAUUUCAGAAUGGAAAGGUAAUUAGGGAUAUUAAAAAUGAAAAAAUAUUCAUCUUAAUAAUCAUCUUAAUAUUCAUCUUAAUAAUUGUGCUUGAUUUAAAGUAA